UUUUUGCCUCUUUCUCAGAGAAAACCUCAUUUUUUCAUCCCUCAUAUUUCUUUUCAUCUUGUUCAUUAAUCCUUCAUCUUUCCUCUCUCAGAUGACUGAUCUGUUCCCAAAAUACAAACCCUAUUUUUAACACUCAGUGCAUGUAACUUUGCUUUUCUGUAAUGGAUCUCUUUUCUGCCUCCACUCAGGAAUUUGCCUCUCCCCUCCCAUCAAUAAUCAAUGAGGAGAGGGGCUGAAGAGAGAUAGGGAGGCAACUGAAAGACAGGGUUGAAGUGAAUAAUGGAAACCUCAUUAGGAACUGGAGAGAAGUCGAGCUAUACAUUAUCUCAAAGUCUGGAGAAUAUGCACUAUCAGAGCUCUAGUUUGGAAGAGAAAUGUUUAAUGUGGGCUAAGAGGAGAUACAGCGAGAGAUGGAGGGAGAUUUCAGGGAAGGCAGUUAAGGGCAAAACAGGGGGAAAGUGAGACAUUUAUCAGCUCAAAGCUGCCAAACACCUGCCCGCGUCCCUGUUUCCUGCUAUGAAGAGGGAGACGGGGGAAACAAAUUGAUGGGACGUUUUAUUUAUCGAAAAGUGAUGCUUUUAGUGGAAUUAGUUGCAUUUGAAAAAAAAAAAAGCCACAAAGCUACACGGCUGUUUUAGACAGCUGAAAAGCACAAUAAUAUGUUUUCAUGCUUGUGCGAACAUUCAUGUCUAAAAAUAGAGGUCAGUGGUGGCAUGUUCACCUGUGUGUGCUCAGCCAUGCUUGUUGGAUAAGAUUAUGCAUGCAGGACAACACCGGGGUGAUGUGUUAUAGCAAAACAAAAAGUCUUUCAUCAUCACGUAGCUGCUGAGUUUGUUGUAUCUCUCUCUCUCUCUCUCUCUUUCUCUCUUUCUAUCUCUCCCUGUCACUAAAUGAAAAGCUGACCUGGGCACCUCCGAAAAAAUCCAAUUUGUGUUACAACAAAGACUCGAAAUAUUACAGGGGGGAGGACAGGGGAUUGAGGGCAGAUAGACUGAGACUGAUAGGGAACAGGGGCAGCGUGGAGAGCAAUGGGGAUUACUUUCAGGGAAAUGACGGCGACAAGGAAGAGGCGAGGAUGGGAUGAGGGCAAUUCUGGAAAAAAUCAAGAUAAGAUGGAAAGACAUGGCAGAAUAACACAAUAUUUUGACAUAGAGAUGGGGAAGAAAAAGCACAUCGCACGAAGGACGAAUACAAACUGAAGAAAGAAAAGGUAGUUGAAACAAAGGGCCCGGGCAACAGGAGGAGUGCUCUCAUGUGAUGAAGGGGAAAAAGGAGGGAAAAGGAGGAGGAAGAGAAGGAGAGAGAGGGAGGUCGACGUGUUACAGGUAGAUAACGCAAGAGAGGUGAAGUUCAGGAGGUAUAGAGUGUCACCUAAAGGACCGAGAGAUAGCGAGCGGGGGCAGAGGUGCAGGAACUCAAUCCCAGAGACGGGACAACAGCUGAUGAUAAAAACCUCCUCACCUGCACACAACCAAGGGAGAGAUAUGGACAGAAGCACGAUGCAACACUGAGGAAAACACUGGAAGAAAUACUGAAGGAAGAAACAGGAGGACUUUUGAGCAUCAUUUUCCUUUCAUUCAUUCUUUUCUUUUUUUUAACCUGGAACAAAGAAAAGACCUCUGCAUCAGUAUUUUUAAACAAUUUCUUGAGAGAAACUGACAAAUCUGAUGACCUCUUUAGCCGACUCUGUUGGGAAUUUUAGCACAUAUAGAUAAAACAUAAAAGAGAGGAGAGCAGGGGAAGAGAGAGAGGGCAAGGGAGGGGGAGGGCGAGCGAGGGAGACAGAGAGAGAGAGAGAGAGACAGAGAGAGAGAGAGUACGUGUGUGAGCCUGUGACAGCGAGAUGUUCAUGAUCAUUCGAGAGCCGUCCGCCGGAGGAGGCGGUGCUGGAGCGAUGAGCGCGCCACCGGAGAGGAGUGCAAAACAGGUGCAGGCCGCUAUCAAGAGGAAGAUGGAGAAGCAGAGGAGGCGAACCAACGAGCAGGGAGGGGGUGGUGGUGGCAGUGGAGACGCACAAACUGCUUCUACUCAGCCUCCUCUUCGCCAUCAGAGAUCCAGUCAGAUCCCCCAGACGAUGACAGCGGCGGCCGCUGAGGACAGGGAGAUGCUGGAGGAGAUGAUGGAGGGACCACAAAGGAGAGAGAGGGAGAAAGAGAAAGAGGGGGAGCCCGUCGACCUGCUGCCCAUAGUGGACUCUGUGUUUGGACAGGACAGAGAGCUGAGACCAGAGGAGAUUGAUGAGCUCCGUGAAGCAUUUGUGGAGUUUGAUAAGAAUAAAGACGGCUACAUCAGCCAUAAAGACCUGGGAGAGUGUAUGAGGACCAUGGGAUACAUGCCCACAGAGAUGGAGCUCAUCGAGCUGAGCCAGCAGAUCUGUGGAGGUAAAGUGGACUUUGAGGACUUUGUGGAGCUGAUGGGACCCAAGAUGCUGGCGGAGACAGCAGACAUGAUCGGAGUCAAAGAACUACGAGAUGCAUUCAAAGAGUUUGACUCUAACGGUGACGGGCAGAUCAGCCUAACGGAGCUGCGUGAGGCCAUGAAGAAGCUGAUGGGAGAACAAGUGACCAACAGAGAGAUCAACGAGAUCCUCCGAGAUGUCGACCUCAACGGAGACGGUCUGGUGGACUUCGAGGAGUUUGUGCGGAUGAUGUCCCGCUGACUGGUUCAGCUGCCCACAUGUCAGAUGGACAGAAAGACAUUAUGCAACUGCUGGAUAAGAGAACACACUGCACAUGUGGGGACCAUUCUUCAUCUGCUCUUAGGAGCAGGCAUCUAAAAUUAUAUUUUUAUAUUAAAUAAAGGAAAACGAAAAAAAAAAAGGCUUUGAAUAGACAAAUAGCAUCCAGCCUACAAAUAACAUGACUGUCCACUUCUGAUCUCACGGUGCAACACUAUAAAGCAUUAUAACAGCUGUGAAACAUAUCAAAAGCUUCAUAGACUUUGUGUUUUUUAGAUGUAUUUUUAUAUAUCAGUGUUUGUCCUUUGAGUGUAAAAUCUUGUUUGUAAAACUCUUAAGUUUUUUUCAUUAAAGAAAUGUACAAAAAUUCAA